AUGCCAUGCGAAUGCAAUUUUGAAUCAGAGUUAGUUUAGUGAUUUCUUAGAAAUAUCAAUUUAAGAUCUAUUUUUAGCGAAUUUAUGGAUCUGGAAAAAGCAGCGAAACUUUUGAAUUUGGACGAAAGAACUAUUGAAUAUUUGCACAAUGGACAAAUGAAUGAAGAUAAUCCGUUGUUAAUUUUGGACUUCAAACAAGCGACAAAUUCGGAGCAAGACAGAAGAACUGUUUGCGAUGCAUUGGUAGGUUGUUUUUUACACCACGCGCUCCACCGAAAUAAACACGCAACGCAGACCGCGUCGCGCCACAACACACACAAAAAGGGAGGGAAUUUGAAUCGUUCCCUUGUGUUGUGGCGCGACGCGGUCUGCGUUGCGUGUUUAUUUCGGUGGAGCGCGUGGAGUACCGAUGAGGUUUUCGAUAAUACUUGCCAAAAAUUGAAAAACAGUCCAAAACCUGUACGUUUCGGACCGGUGUUACUUAAAAACUGCCAGUAACCACUCGAAAAUCGGCCGUUUUCAUUGAAUUUGAGCAGAAACCGGCCGGUUUUCGAGUGGUUUCUGGCCGUUUUCAACACCGCUCCGAAGCGUACAAGUUUCGGACCGUUUUUCAAUUUUUGGCAAGUAUCCGGCCAGUUUACAUUUUCCUGUGUCAUGAAAUAUAAAAAAACGUUUUUUAACGUAAAAAACUAGAAAAAGUGAUUCACGAACCGUAUUUUUAUUCAUUUUUUCACCAUUUUCUCAACACAGUGAAUAAAGUGAAGCUAAAACGCAUUUUAGUGUACAGAAAUGCUAUUUCAAGACUUUCUAAUUCUAAUGAGCUUAAAAGACAAAUCAAGCCUUCAAAAUCAAAUUGUUGAUUUUCGAAAGUUUUCGAAAUCCACCAAUUUCCAUUUUUUUCAAAUCUCACAUCUCCCUUUCUGGACACUAAAAUGCGUUUUAGCUUCACUUUAUUCAAUGUGUUGAGAAAAUGGUGAAAAAAUGAAUAAAAAUACCGUUCGUGAAUCACUUUUUUGGUUUUUUAACGUUAAAAAACGUUUUUCAUUUUGAUUCUAUACAGAUUACUCGCGGAGCGGUGCAAAUUAGCAAUUCAACUGUCUCAUUUCCUAGUUGGCGUUCAUUGAAUGACGCCAAAACCGAUAUGCUAGAGAAAAAGUCAUGGUUAUUUUAUUCGAAUAGUGUUCGGCUUAUAAAUAGGCUGAACUUAUCCCAACAAACGACAAUCGACACUACAAUAAUCGCAGAGUAUGACAAAAUCACAAAUAAGGUUUGGCUCCAAGAUUUGGAUUUUUUCAAAAUUUGAAGUAUUCUAGAAUGUUUUAUGGUUGUUAUAAUGAAAUUUUUUUCAAAGUUCGAAAUUGUUAGUUUUUUCUCCUCUUAAAAUGAAACUAAUUAGAACUCUCGGUUCAUUAAAAAACGUCAUACUUAUUUCAUUUUUUAAUUAUCCUUAUCCUGUAAUUAUUUAUCAUCUAUCUAUUUUCAGCUCUGAUGGCACAGGAAACGAAAAAUUGAAAUCUCAAAAAUUACGCGAGAAACCAUGAUCGCUUCGAGACCUAACAAUUGGAAAAAUAAAUGUGCCUUUGAAAAAUGAAAAAAAAACGUGUUUUUUCACGCGUAGCCUUUUUCAAAAUGGGUAUUUUCAGAAAAUUGAACAUCAUUUCUACUAAUCUUGACGAGAGGAAUCUGAUGGUCUAUUCAGAAAUUGCUGAAAAUGCUUGCGAAAUGCUGAAAACCGCUUGCGCGUGCUGAAAACGUUUUGCAGUGUGCAAACACCGUGACGCACAAAUGCACACUUGGUGUACCGUAUAGCAUGCUAGCAAACAAAAAAAAAUGUUUUUUUUGCAUUUCGAAAUUUUCAGAGUUUUCCAGCGCAGAAUUCAGGUAAACAUCUCGUUUCGAAGUAUUUUUUGAUGAAUGAGGAGCUCUUUUGGGCUCUUCAGAAUUUGCUAUUCACGGAGUUGCAAUUCGCUGUUUAGUUGAUAAUCUUCUGAAUGAUCAUGAUGCAAUUCAAGAUUUUCGAUAAAAUAUAGGUUUUCUGGUAGUUUUCGACACGGCCCCGGCGUCAAAAAUUGGAGAAAAUUGCUCCUAAUAUGAGUUAUGACGUGGCAAAGUAUACAAAUUUCGUAAAAAAUGUGACUUUGGCUACUCGAAAACCUUUAUUUUGUCAAAAAUCUCCCCCUUGUUCGUUUUUUUCUUUCAAAAUUUCAUAAAAUUACCUAGGUUACUAUUACAAUGCUCUAAAUAACCUCUUUCUCCUCAUUUGCCCACCACAAACACGCCAGUGACGUAUAGCAUUGACACACAUUAUGUCACUUGACGCACAAUUUUCUCCAUCUUUUUCUCUCGUCCCUCCCGCCAACCUCCCUCAUUCCUCUUUCUAUUUCGCGCCCCCGUUCGUGUUCGCCCUAAAAAAAUUUCGCGGUUUUUUUGCAGAUUUUUCAGCUACCGAAAAAUCAUCAGGCGAUAAUGAUGACCGAUGAGAAGGCAACCCCCGUCGAUGUGAUGUCGCUCGACAAAAAUAGCGAGGUUUGUUUGAUUUUUUGUCACCAUUUUUGGUUUGGGGGAUUGCGCAGGUGUCGAAUUUUUUUUGGGAUGAUAAAAAAAAUUCGAAUAUAGCCAGCUGCGAAAGUACAGCGGCUGGGUAGGAAACAAAAUUUGUACUCACUCGCGCUACAUUUUUUUCCUCUUCUUUUCAUUAUUUUUCUCAAGUUAGAGAGCUAGAGGCGUGUUAUUAGUAUACUAAUACUAAUAAUUAUUUUAUUCUACUAACUAACUAACAAAUGUUGAGACGGGUGAGUUAUAGAAAUUUGGAAAUUCAAGGAUUUCUUCCUUGGUAUUGACGAUGCUCCUUGAAGGUUCCAAUAAAUUCUAGUAUCAACUUACAUAGCCAUGUUUUAUGUUUUAACUCAAAAACAUGGGGGCACACAAAAUAAAACAGGAAAAUCGUGCAUUAAAGCGUAUUUUCUGCAUUUAUGCAGUAAUUCACGAAAUAAAAAAACGUUUCUUACAAGGGAACUGUUUCAACUUUCACUCUAGAUUUUCAAUAAAAUAUAUGUUUUCUAGUAGUUUUUGACACGCUGAACAAGAUCCCCGAAAUUGCAGAACUCAAAAUGAGUUAUGACGUGUCAAAGUUCAAAAAUUUCGAAAAAUUGUGACUUUAGGAGGUCAAAACUCGCUAUAAAAAAUCUAAUAGCAUAUGGUUGUUCAGGAAGGUUGAUUACAUAAGUUUAGAAGGUUCUUUUUUUCUCAAACUUGAUCACAAAUUGAAAAAAUGAAGUUUAUGUAAUCGAAUUUCCUGAACAACCCUAUGCCAUCAGAUUUUUAUGAAAACCCGCGAGUUUUGACCUCCUAAAGUAGCAAUUUUUUGAAAUUUUUGAACUUUGACACGUCAUAACUCAUUUUGAGUUCUGCAAUUUCGGGGAUCUUGUUCAGCGUGUCAAAAACUACUAGAAAACAUAUAUUUUAUUGAAAAUCCAGAGUGAAAGUUGAAACAGUUCCCUUGUAAGAAACGUUUUUUUAUUUCGUGAGUUACUGCAUAAAACAAGAAAAUACGCUCUAAUGCACAAUUUUCUUGUUUUAUUUCGGGCGACCCCAUGUUUUUGAGUUAAAACAUAAAACAUGGCUAUGUAAGUUGAUACUAGAGUUUAUUGGAUUCUCCAAGGAGCAUCGUAAUCCUAUAGAUUUCUUGAAGGAACAAGAAGACCAAAAAAAAUCAAAAAUUUUUGCAGCUCGCUGCUCGACUUCAUGGCGAUUCGUCGAAAGACUCGAAGGCGAAACCCGGUUUCCGCCAAAAAUCCCUUUCCCCCCGUCGUCGUUUGAAAAAAGCGCAACUUCUCGCCAAUCCCAUCCUCUACUUUGAACAAGUCGUGCCAAUUGAGUUCCAAGUGUCGCGCUUGUCCAAAAAAGAGAGCGAACGCUAUUUUGAUGUUCUUUAUGACAUUGGUUGCAAGAUCUAUGUGAUGGUUCAACGAUACGGUCAAGGCGAGUCGAGUUUGUCGAAUCGGACUAGUGAGACGACAACCGCCAAGUCGACGAUUGCUAUGAUUGCUAAGACAUUUGGUUUUGCCUCCGCUGAUCAACCUCCUGCUCCUGUUGAGUUUCCGACUGUUGAAGAUCUCCUCCUAACCAUCGAUGUGAGAUUUUUCUCUUAAAAAUUGUACCUAACUUAUGACGUCAUCAAGUUCUGGCUUCUAGAACUCACCGCGCUGAUGACGUAGCUCCAGGCGGAGCUGAAGAAACUGAGCUCUGAAAUUUGGGCUCAUUUUUUCCAGCUCCACCUGACGCUACGUCAUCAGCGCAGUGAGUUCUAGAGGCCGGUGAAGCAAAAACUUGAUGACGUCAUACUUUGGGUACAAUUUUUGAUAGACUUUUGGUCGCUGCGAAUUGCAAAGCCUGCAAUUAAUUUUUUUCAUCGAAAAAAAAUUAAUGGGGUGAUUCAAGUCGAAAAAAAUGAUAAAAAAUGGUUUUUUUGACCAAAAACUAUUUUUUUCCCUAUUUUUUGACAUUUUUUCACACAAAAGUGAAAAAAAUGUAACAAAAAUAGGGGGAAAAAAUAGUUUUUUGUCAAAAAAAAGUUUUUUAAAAUUAUAUUUCUCGCGUUGAAUCACCGCAAUAUCAAAAUCUACCUGCUAGAUUCAAAAAAAUCUUCAAAAUCGCGUUCUUCUUUCUGAAGAUGAGCAAAAUAGUUUCAAAAUUUCAAAAUCUUCAGGCAAACUUUGCCACGUCAUAAUUGAUUUUUAGAGUUCUGAAGCUGAAACAGCUGAAUCUUGCGUCGUAAAAUCCAAAAUUUUCGAUUUCAGGCAAAUUUUGCCACGUCAUAGUUUAUAUUCUGAAGAAUUUCGCAGAGGUCAUUGAUCUGAAAAUUUAAGAUUUUCUGAAUAUAAAUUAUGACGUGGCAAAGUUUGCCUGAAAUUGAAGUUUAAGCUCAUGGAAAACUGGGUUGGACGCAAGAUUCAGAUGUUUCAGCUUCAGAAGUCUGAAAAUCAUUAAUUUCAGCUUCAGAACUCUGAAAAUCAUUAAUUUCAACUUCAGAACUCUGAAAAUCAUUAAUUUCAGCUUCAGAACUCUGAAAAUCAUUAAUUUCAGCUUCAGAACUCUGAAAAUCAUUAAUUUCAGCUUCAGAACUCUGAAAAUCAAUAAUUUCAGCUUCAGAACUCUGAAAAUCUCUUGUUUUCCAGAAAAAAGGAAUCCACGACGUCCAACUCCUCGCCGGAAUCAAGGCAGCCAUCGCCACGGGCAUCUCCAACGCCCGUUUCACCAUCGACAUCUCCUCCCCCACCGCCACCCAAGAUCCAUCUCGAUUGUCACCCGAAAAUGCGGCCCAGGCCAUAUUCUUGAUGGCGAAAAUGGCGUUGAGAUGUCGAGCGACACGAUUUGUUGAAACUAUUAUGGCGACUGCGCAAGAAGUUGGUGUUGGAAUGGAAGAUGAGGAAGAAGAAGAGGAGGAAGAGGAUGAAGAAGAUGUUGAUGAGGAAAACAAAGAUCAACAAAGAUUUGAUUUUACUGGAGUUAAGAUCGGAGAUGAACUCCUUGAAGCGACGCAAAUCCAACAAAAUGGUCUUCUUGAACUCGCCUGUCGCCUCGGAUUCACUGAACUUUUCGAUAUACUCGCUGAAGUUAAAAGAUUCGAGUUCGAUUCGUUGCUCUCGUAUGAAACGAUGCCUUUGUUGGAAUCGGCGGCCGCUGGAACAACGACGAUUUUCAGGAAAAUUGUUGAGGCUGGUGCGGAUGUCAAUUUCAAGUCGAAACAUUCGAGCAAUACUGCGUUGUUGUAUGCGGCGGUGGCGGGGAAUAUUGAGGUGAGUUGGGCGAACUCGCGAAAUUUUCCGUGAAAAAAUGUAUAGAUUUUUGAUAAAUCGGGAUUUUUGAAGCUGAAAAAUAGCUUCGAAAAGGAUUUUGAAGCGAUUUUUUAGCUCCUGAAAUCCCGGAUUUUCAUUUGAAAUUCUUGAAAAACUUGUGCAGAAAUUUAAUUUUUUCAAAUUUCUCAUCGAAAUCUGAGUUAUAACGUGGCAAAGUUCAAAAAUCCGGGACCUCGGGAGCUGAAAAAUCGCUUCAAAAACAUUUUCGUAGUGGUUUUUCAACUCCUGAAUUACCGGAUUUUUAUUUUUUUAGUUCUUGAAAAACUUGUGCAGAAAUUUACAUUUUUUAAAAUUUCUCAUCGAAAUCUGCUGAAAAUCACUGAAAAUUCCAGAUUUUUCGUGAAAAAAAUCUACAGAUUUUUGAUAAAAUACAGUUUUUGACCCGCUGAACUCAAAAUGAGUUAUGACGUGGCAAAGUUCAAAAAUCCGGGAUUUUUGAAGCUGAAAAAUAGCUCCAAAAACAUUUUCGAAGUGGUUUUUCAGCUCCUGAAAUCCCGGUUUUUCAAAAUUUGCCACGUCAUAACUCAGAUUUCGAUGAGAAAUUUGAAAAAAUUGAAUUUCUGCACUAGUUUUUCAAGAAUUUUAAAUGAAAAUCCGGGAUUUCGGAGCUGAAAAUAGCUUUAAAAUAAUUUUCGAAGCUAUUUUUCAGCUCCAAAAAUCUAUACAAAAUGGAAUUUUCAGCAGAUUUCGAUGAGAAAUUUGGAAAAAAAAACAAAAAAUUUAUUUUUUUUUGUUGCAGAUCGUGAAGUAUUUGCUGGAAACUGGUCGAUGUUCAUUAUCAGCAAAUAAUUCAAGUGGACACGAUGCUUUGAUGGAAGCAUCGAAUGCCGGAAAACUUGAUGUUGUCAAGCUUUUAUUGAGCCAUGGAGCUGUCUCGAAAUUCUUGAACCUCAACGCCGAUUUCAAAGAAUCCGCGCUAACUCUUGCCGCGUAUAAAGGACAUUUUGAUAUUGUUGAGAUUCUUUUGGAAAAUCACGCAAAACAUCCGAUUAAGAACAUCGAAGAGGGUCUGGAAAGAGAGGAAGAAUUGUAUACGGCGCUGAUGGAGGCGAGUAUGGACGGGCAUUUCGAGGUGGCGAAAUUGUUGAUGGCUCGCGGUGCACCGGUGAAUCUCAACACUGAAUCCUUCGAAAGCCCGUUGACCCUUGCGUGUUGUGGUGGACACGCUGAAUUGGCGGAUUUGUAUUUGACGGCGGGCGCCAAUGUUGAAGAGCGGAAUGAUGAGAAUUACACGCCGUUGAUUGAAGCGUCAAGGGAAGGACAUUUGGAGGUGGUGAAGGUUUUGUUGAAGCAUGGUGCGAAGGUGAACACGCAGGCGGAGGAUAAUGGAGAUACGGCGCUGUCUGUAGCGGCUUGUGGGGGUUUCAUUGAGAUUAUGGAAUUGUUGAUGGAACAUGGCGGAGAUGUCACGGCUGGAUUAACACCUCCGAUUGUGGAAGCGGCGCAGGAAGGAUCUUUUGAAACUGUGGAAUUCAUUUUAUCAAAAUGCAAAACAAUUCCGAAGAAUCAAUUGACUAGCGCGCUGGUUUUUGCAGCAGAUUGUGGGCAAAAGAAUGUUGUUGAACUGUUGAUUAAAAAUGGGGUGGAUGUGAAUGCGUAUUACGAAGGGACCACGGGAUUAAUGAGAGCCGCUAGAAAUGAUUAUCUGGAGAUUGCGCAGGUUUUGAUUGCAGCUGGCGCGGAUGUGAAUAAAAGAACGGAGGAUAAUGAUGCGACGGCGGUUUCAAGUGCUUGUGCUGAGGGGAAUAUUGAGAUGGUUCAGUUGCUUUUGAAGAAUGGGGCGGAUCCGUAUAUUGAGCUGAAGGAUGGGAAUUCUUGUUUGUUUGAAGCGUCGAGAAAUGGGAAUUCGGAAUUGGUUUCGUUACUCAUACAUUUUUCGAAGACGGGGAAUCUCUCGGCGGAUUCAAUUCGCACUUCUACAAAUAUUCCGAAAACCAAGCAGAAGGGAUUCUUCAAGAAAACGCAGCGGAAAACAUCGUGUGAUAUGAUGACGAUGAUUCAAUCGACGACGACGAGUCUGAAGAAGAAGAGUCAAUUGGGAAAGUGUAAAUCGGAUCAUCAGAUUACGUUGCAGGAAGUGGAGAUGUUGCAGCAUUUGUUGAGAAUUCAACAGUGGGUUUUUUGGGGGGGGGGCGGGAUUUAGUGAUUUUGAGGGGAACCUGGGGAUUUUUAAUCAAAAAAUCUUGAUUUUCCAAAAAAAAAAUGGUUCAAAUUCAGUUCAGAACCUCAAAAUUCCUUCAAAUUCAGUUCAGAACUUCAAAAAUCGUCCAAAUUCAGUUCAGAACCUCAAAAAUCGUCCAAAUUUAGUUCAGGACUUCAAAAAUAGUCCAAAUUCAGUUCAGAACCCAGAAAAACCCCAAAUUUUCGCUCCAGGACCUCAAAAAUCUCAAAUUUUCGCUCCAGGACCUAGAAAAUUCCAAAUGUUCGCCCUAGGACUCAGAAAAUUGUCCAAAUGUUUGCUCCAGGACUUCAAAAAUCGUCCAAAAUUACUUCAGGACUUCAAAAAUCGUCCAAAUUCAGUUCAGAACCCAAAAAACCCUAAAUUUUCGCUCCAGGGCCCAGAAAAUUCCAAAUGUUGGCCCCAGGAUCUUUAAAAACCCGAAUUUUCGCUCCAGGACUCAGAAAAUCUCAAAUUUUCGCUCUAGGACCUAAAAAAACCCAAAUUUUCGCUCCAGGACCCAGAAAAUUCCAAUUUUUCGCUCCUGGACUUAGAAAACCCGAAUUUUUGCCCCAGGAUCUUAAAAAACCCGAAUUUUCGCUCCAGGACCAAUUUUUCACGUCAUUUUAAACGUUGAAAAUUAGUUUUUCAAAAAUCUUUCUGGCAAAAAUAUUUAUUUUUCGAAUAAUAAAAAUUUUACUAAUUUUUCCUGAAAAUGUUUGAAUUCAAAACUUUUUUAAAAUAUUAAAUUCAAUAUUCUCAAAAAAUCUAAUUUCUUGUAAAAUAUUGAAAUAUUGGGAUUCAAAAUUUAAAAAAAACAAAAAUUAAAAUAACCAUAUUUUUUAACCGUAAACACAAAAAUUCGUCCUAAGGUCACAAAUUUCUUCUAUUUAAUAAAUCAUCAUUAUCAUAAUAAUCAUUCCCUAUUUCUUUAAUAUAUUUCCAGACAAAUGAUGUCAAUCGAUUUGACGAAUGUUCCAAAAGAAAAGAUGAAAGAACACAAUCAAAUCACCAAAGGCUUUGGCAAGUGUUUAUGGAACGAAUUCGGACGGAAGAAUUCGAUUUCCGAAAGCACCACAAAGAUCGGAUAUUGAUCGAUUGAAAGAGGGAGAUUUGGUAUGUAUUUUAUUUUAGGGCUGAUUCACGAACGAAAAAAAUGUUUUAAAAUGUUUUUUAACAUUGAAAGAAAGUCAAAAAAUGUCGAAAAAACAUUAGUUUUUCAAGGUUUUUCAGCCAAAAAUGAUGAAAAAUCGAUAUUUUUCAAGAUUCUGGAGUAAUUUCUGAUUAAAAUUGACCUUGGAAUUCACUUUCCAGAAGGUUUUGCUGAUUUUUCGGAAAAUAAAAAAUUUUUAAAUUUUGAUGAAUUUCGAAAAAAAUCAUAAAAUAAUGCAAAAUAGGGUUCUCGAAGCUUAUUUUCAUCAGAAAUUACUCCAAAAGCUUGAAAAAUAUCGAUUUGUCAUCAUUUUUAGCUGAAAAACUCGAAAAACUAAUUUUGACCUUGUCGAAAAUCAAUGAAUAUCUUUGUGCGCGCGCGCGGUCGCGUUGCGGUCGAACAAAAAUCAAUUUUUGCUCAUUUUUUCACUGGAAAAUGAUGUUUUUCACAAAAAACGGUCAUUUUUUGCCUUUUUUCAGUCUGAUUAAAAAUGAUAAUGGAAUUCAAUUUCGUCGGAAAAUGUGAAUUUUAUAGGUUUUUCAGUCUGAAAAAGGCAAAAAUUGACCGUUUUUUGAUGAAAAACAAUAUUUUCCAGAGAAAAAUGAGCAAAAAUUGAUUUUUGUUCGACCGCAACGCGACCGCACGCGCGCACAAGGACGUUUAAUAAUUUUCGAAGUAUUUAUGAGGGAUUGUCGCUGUUUUCCUCUGAAAAUUGAUGAAUGUCUUUGUGCGCGCGCGGUCGCGUUGCGGUCCAAAUAUCACCGAUUUUUGGUCAUUUUUUCACUGGAAAAUUUUGUUUUUCACAAAAAAACGGUCAAUUUUUGCCUUUUUCAGUCUGAAAAACCUAUAAAAUUCAAAUUUUUCAAUAAAAUGGAAUAUUAUCAGUUUUUUAAUGAAAAACAACAUUUUCCAGUGAAAAAUGAGCAAAAAUUGAUUUUUGUUCGACCGCAACGCGACCGCACGACGCGCACAAAGACAUUCAUUAAUUUUCGAAUAAUAAAAAUUCCAUUUUCACAGCUUCCCGGAGUGAAAUCAUUUGCUGAAAUAGUUGCGUAUGGUUGGCUGGAAAUGGAAAGAUAUUGUGGACAUCCGAUUGAACUUGGUGGAUUAGAACAGCGAUGCAACGAGGGUCAUACGACGAAUGCGGCUGCCGCAGUUUCAGCCGCAGCCGCAGCUGUCAGUGGAAUUGAUACGCAAGCAUAUUUUGCGACGGUUUUGGCGAAAAUGAACAAUGGCGAGAGUAUGCGAGUUCCGGCAACAAUUGGUGCGAUAAAUGCGGCAAGCGCUGCGAUUGGUGGAGUGUUUUUUGAUAAAGGAGAAGAUGGGGCGAAUCUGAAUAAUCCAGAUGACAAACAUUUGUAUCUAUCGAAACAGCUUCAAAUGUUGACGGCGAAGAAUUGUUGUGAAUCGGGACUUCGUGGUGUUUUGAAUCGAAUGGGUGUGAAUUUCAAAAAAAGGAAUAAUACAAGUGGAUCGGAAAGUGGUGGAUCGAUAACGGAAAAGAAGGCGAGUCGAUUGGGAAAUAAAUCGUAUACUGGAGUGUCGACUUUGGCGAUUGAAAUGGAACGACAAUAUCAGAAUAGUCGGACGGAGGAUAAUCGAGAUAUGGCGAUUUUGACGGCUUAUGUUGCGAGUACCCUUCCCGAAUACGGAUAAUAAUCGGAGUGAUAUUAUUAGUGAGUUUUGGGGGAUUUUUUGCACAGAAAAUUUUGUUAUUAUUGGAAAAAUUGGAAUUUUACGCUUUGAAAAUUGAAAAUUUUGAAAAAAAAAGUCUUAUUAUUGGAAAAAAUGGAAUUUUUCACCUUGAAACUGGAAAAUUUUCGUUUUAAAAUUGGAAAUUUUUGAAAAAAAAAUGUCUUAUUAUUGGAAAAAAUUGGAAAUUUUUCACCUUUGAAAAUGGAAAAUUUUCGUCCUUUCAGGCAAAAUGUUGAAAUUCAGCAUUUUUGUGUUUUUUAGAUGAUGAAAAUUGUUUUUUUUUUCAAAAUUUCGAAAUAAAAUUGUUUAAAAACCAAAAAACAGCACAAAAUUGAGCCAAAAAUCGAGAAUUUUUGCGAAAUUUGUGGUUUUGAGAACCCAUUACUCAUGUUAGAGAUGAUACUUUCUCAGAAAUUUUGUAUUCGGUCAGAAAAUCUUCUCUAACAUGAGUAAUAGCCGCGAUUUUCAGAAAAUUCCCAAUUUUUGGCUCAUUUUUGGGCUCUUCGGAGAGUCGCGCAACAAAAAACUGAAAACUUGUCUGAAAAAUUGAUUUUUUCAGUUCUGAAAUUAUUUCGAGACUUUAGAAUUAUCAAAAUUGUUCAAAAAGGUUUGAUUAGAUUCGAAUUGAUUUAUUUUUAGUUUGAAAAUUUAGAAUUUGAUCUUCAGACUUCUGAAAAAUGUAACAAGUCCAAUUAUUUUUGAAAAUUUCCUUAAAAAUCAACGUUUUUGAUGAAAUUUAAGCUCGAAAUUCUUCUUUUCGGGAAAAAUUUCGAUUUUUGCCCAGAGAAUUUGAAAAUUUAGCGAAUUUUGAAUUUUUAUUUGAUGAAUAUCGGAAAAAAUAUUUGAUAAUAAAUUAUAUCAACAUUUUUUGAAACGUAUUAUUUUUUUAGGAUUUUUGAAAAAUUCGAAUUCUUGAGUUUUAGCUGAAAAAAGCUAUAUUUUCAAAUUUUCUGGGCAAAUAUCGAAAUUUUUCGAAUUUUCCCGAAAGAAAGCAUUUUGAGCUUAAAUUUCAUCAAAAAUUUGGAUUUUCAAGGAAAUGUUCAAAAAUAAUUGGACUUUUCAUAAUUGGAUGCAUUUUUCAGAAGUCUGAAAAUCAAAUUCUAAAUUUUCAAACUAAAAAUAAAUUAAUUCGAAUCGAAUCAAACCUUUUUGAACAAUUUUGAUAAUUCUGAAGUCUCGAAAAAAUUUCAGAACCUAAAAAAUUCAAUUUUUUCAGACAAAUUUUCAGUUUUUCGCUUCGCGACUCUCUAAAGAGCCCAAAAAUGAGCCAAAAGUUGAGAAUUUUCUGAAAAUCGCGGCUAUUACUCAUGUUAGAGAAGAUUUUUAUCAAAAAUUGAAAAGUUUGAUCUCUAACAUGAGUAAUGGUCUCUGAAUUUCGAAAAUUCUCGAUUUUUGACUCAUUAUUGUGCAAAAUUUCCGAAUUUUGUUCAAAAAUCGCCAAUUUUCCAGCCGGUGAUCGACUUCUCAAGAAAAUCUUCUCAACAAUGAAACAGGCUGAAGUCAAUGAAGCUGUCAAAAAAGCCAAAGCCACGUUGACAAGCAAUGAAAAUGGAAGUGAGUUAUUUUGCAUGAAAUCUUUUUUUUUCUUGUUUUUCUAUUUAAUUACCCUGCACGUUUGAGAAUUAAAAUUAUUUUUUUGACGAAAAAUUUGUCAAAAAACUAUAUUUUUUCCUAUUUUUUGACAUUUUUUUCAUUUUUUUGUAAAAAAAAAUGUCGAAAAAUAGGAAAAAAGUGAAAUUUUUGGUCAAAAAAUGGUUUUUAAUUAUUUUUUAAUAAAAUCCCCCGCUUCUUCUUUCGUUUUCUUCGUUCUGUCCUCGCAUGCAUUGUCGUUUUUGUAGACAAAACCGAAUGCGAACUCUACACAAAAUAUUUUGAAGCACAAAAUCGCAAGGAGCCAUUCUUUGCCAAAUGUUUGGCCGAACGAGCCAGUGUCACGCAAUUUGAUUCGACAUUUGAGUGUGAUCAUCAUGAUGAGGUGGGUAAAAUGCUCGUUUUCUGGCUCCAAAUGAAUUUUGCUCACAAAGAUAGGUGGCCGAACAUAUUUGCGGUGGCCGAGGAAUGUUGGGAACUCGGCCACGAAUGAUUUUCAUGACAUUAGAGUGAUUUUGUUGCUGUGGCCGAAUUCCUGACAUUUCUGAAAAGGCCACCGCAAAUUGUUCGGCCACAAAAAAUGAAUUAAAUAUGUGGCCGAUUUUAUUUGCGGUGGCCGAGAAAUGUCGGGAACUCGGCCACCAAUGAUUUUCAUGACAUUAGAGCGAUUUUGUUGAGUUGGCCGAGUUCCCGACAUUUCUCGGCCACCGCAAAUUGUUAGGCCACAUUUUUAAUGCAUUUUUUUCGAAAAUAUUGAAAAUCAGAAUUUUUGUGCUUUUAAAAUUAUAAAAAUUGUUCUCAAUGGAGCGCGUUUGCAAAUUUUCGAGCUAAAAUUUGAAUUUUUAUAGUUUCCGGUUCAAUUUUGAGCAUUUAGAGGUUCAUAUUUUGCUCAUCUAAAAAUUUAAAAUCAGAAAAAUGUGAACAAUUCAAAUAUUAGCUCGAAAAUUUGCAAAUGCGCUCCAUUGAGAAUUUGGCGGGUUUUUUGAAAAAAACUACAAUUUUUAUCAUUUUAAAAGCACAAAAAUGCUAAAUUUCAAUUUAUUUUCGAAAAAAACGUGGCCUAACUAUUUUUGGUGGCCGAGAAAUGUCGGGAAUUCGGCCACCGCAACAAAUUCGCUCUAAUGCUCCAAAAAUCAUUAGUGGCCGAAUUCCCACAUUCUGAAGUCAUCAAAAUGCUCCUUGAGCCAAAAAACUCCAGGGGGACUAGGUUUUCCUAUUCCCCCUGGAGUAAAAAAAAUAUAGAAUUUCUAGUAGUUUUCGAAGCGCUGAACACGUCUAAAAUGACGUGGCAAACUUCGGGAAGCUUGAAAAAUGAGCAAAUGCCACGUCAUAACUCAUGUUAGAAUGGAAAAAAAUCUGGAAUUCCCAUUUUUCCAGGCCAUUUUUGAAUCAAUGACGUGGCAAACUUCGGGAGCUCGAAAAAUGAGCAAUCCCGAAAUUUGCCACGUCAUAACUCAUGUUAGAACGGAAAAAAAUCUGAAAUUCCCAUUUUCCAGGCCAUUUUUGAAUCAAAAGUGAUUAUUUUCAGAAAUGCAACACAAAAUCGCCAGCGAAAAAUAACGAAAAUGGAACAAAUGGUCGAAGUGCAGUUCGAUCGCUGACUGAAAGAGUCAUGAAACAAGUGAAACCGGUAGAUAAAGCGACUGAUAGUUCGCUGGAAACACCGCUCUCAAUUGCUUGCGCGAAUGGACAUCGAGAUGUUGUUGAAUUGUUAGUCAGCGAAGGAUCCAACAUUGAACAUCGCGAUAAGAAGGGCUUCACUCCGCUGAUCUUUGCCGCUUCUGCUGGACACGCUGAUGUUGUUGAGAUCCUAUUGAAGAAUGGCGCGUCGACUGAAGCGCAGACUGAAAGAACUAAAGAUACGCCAUUGUCUUUGGCUUGUUCGGGUGGGCGGAAAGAAGUUGUUGAACUACUUCUUGCUCACAACGCGAAUAAGGAGCAUCGAAAUGUCAGCGAUUACACGCCGCUGUCUUUAGCAGCUUCUGGCGGUUAUAUCGAUAUUGUGACGAUGCUUUUGAAUGCGGGAGCGGAGAUUAAUUCAAGAACUGGAAGUCGAUUGGGAAUCUCGCCGUUGAUGUUGGCGGCGAUGAAUGGACAUCGUGAGGCGACGAAAUUGAUGUUGGAGAGGGGCAGUGAUAUUAAUGCGCAGAUUGAGACGAAUCGGUGAGGGUUUUUGGGGCCUACAGUAACCUAGUAGAUUUUGAGCGGCAAAAUUUGGCUCAUUUUGAGACCAAAUAAGCCUAGGCUAAAAAUUUUUUGGAACCUACAGUAACCUGGUAGAUUUUGGCGCCAAAAAUUUGAUACUCAACAAGCUUAUGCUGAAAAUUGUUGUGCCUACAGUAACCUGGUAGAUUUUGCUCUCGAAAUUCGGCUCAUUUUGAGACCAAAUAAGCCUAUGCUAAAUUUUCUGGUGUCCUACAGUAACCCAGUAUAUUUUGAUGCCUACAGUAACCCAUUGGUUUUUGAUGCCUACAGUAACCCAGCCUACAGUAACCCUAGUAGAUUUUGAGCGCGAAAAAUCGGCUCAUUUUGAUACCAAAUAAGCCUAUGCUAAAUUUUUUGGGGCCUACAGUAACCCAAUGGUUUUUGACGCCUACAGUACCCUAGUAGAUUUUGAGCGCGAAAAAUCGGCUCAUUUUGAUACCAAAUAAGCCUAUGCUAAAUUUUUUGGUGGCUACAGUAACCUGGUAGAUUUGGACGCCUACAGUUACCCAUUGGUUUUGAUGCCUACAGUAACCUGGUAGAUUUUGAGCGCGAAAAAUCGGCGCAUUUUGAGAUUAAAUAAGUCUGAGAUUUAAUAUUUAAGCUAAAUUUUUGGGGCCAACAGUAACCCGGUAGAGUUUGAGUGCUAAAAAAUUUAAUUCAAAUUUUUUUUACUCCUUUAUUUAAAAUCAUUUUUCGCGCCAAAAUGUACAGUAACCUGGAAUAUUUUUAGCACAAAAUAUGAACUGAGCCAGCUCUCAUUUUGAGUUUUCAAAAAAAAAUUUUUCCAGAAACACGGCUCUAACUUUGGCAUGUUUCCAAGGCCGAACAGAAGUCGUGGCACUUCUCGCCAAAUUCAACGCCAACGUCGAACAUCGUGCAAAAACCGGCCUGACUCCUCUAAUGGAAGCCGCAAAUGGUGGAUAUUACGAUGUUGGUGAGAUCUUGCUGGAUUUCCUUGCCGAUCCCAAUGCCGCUCCAGUUCCAUCUUCAAAAGAUACAGCUCUAACAAUUGCUGCUGAUAAAGGACACAAUCAAUUUGUUGAUUUGUUGUUAUCGCAUGGUGCACAAAUUGAGGCGAAAAAUAAGAAGGGAUGUACGGCUUUGUGGUUGGCGUGUAAUGGUGGACAUUUGUCGACUGUCGAAGUUUUGUUGAAGUUUAAUGCGGAUGCUGAUGCUUUCGAUAAUCGAAGAAUGUCACCGUUGAUGACCGCUUUUCGCAAAGGACAUGUUGAUGUGAGUGAUUUUUUUGAAAAUAGAAAAAAAAUUGAAAUUUGAAUUUUUCAAGGAUUUUUAUGGUUUCAAAAAAGAUGAAAAUUGUUCAAAAAGCUUUUUUUUCAUGCAAAUUGCAAUAGGAAAAAUUUGAAAAUGAAAAAAAAUUGAAAAAUUUUUAAGGUUUCAAAAACUAUGAAAAUUGUUAUUUUUCAAAAAAAAACCCGCCAAAUUCUCAAUGGAGCGCAUUUGCAAAUUUUCGAGCGAAAAUUUGAAUUUUUAUAGUUUUCGGCUCAAUUUUGCUCAUCUAAAAAUUUAAAAUCAGAAAAAAACUGAAAAAAGGAUCUGAAAAUUCUGUUUUUCGCACUUUUUUGGUUUUUGGACAAUUUUAUUUUGAAAUUUUGAAAAAAUUUUCAUUUUAAUGAUUUCAAAAGCUAAAAAUUGAUUUUAUAAAAUUAAAUUUUAAUGAAAAAAGUUCAAAAUGAUUUUACUCACAUGGCCGAACAAUUUGCGAUGGCCGAGAAAUUCGUCUGGAAUUCGGCCACCAAUGAUUUUCACAAAAUUAGAGUGAAUUUGUUGCUGUGGCCGAGUUCCCGACGAUUUCUCGGCCACCGCAAAUUGUUCGGCCACACAUUUUUUGAUUCAUUUUUUUUCGAAAAUAUUGAAAUUCAACAUUUUUAUGCUUUUAAAAUGAUGAAAAAUUGUUCUUUAUCUUCAAAAAUUUCGAGUACUUUUUGAAGAGCACAAAAAUGAGCCAAAAAUCGGGAAUUUUUGCGAAAUUUGAGGUUUUGAGAGCCCAGUACUCAUGUUAGAGAUCAUACUUUCUCAGAAAUUUUGUAUUCAGUCAGAAAAUCUUCUCUAACAUGAGUAAUAGCCGAGAUUUUCAGAAAAUUCUCGACUUUUGGCUCAUUUUUGGGCUCUUUAGAGAGUAGCGCAGCAAAAAAACUGAAAAUUUGUCUGGAAAAAUUGAUUUUUUCAGUUCUGAAAUUUUUUCGACACUUCAGAAUUAUCAAAAUUGUUCAAAAAGGUUUGAUUAGAUUCGAAUUAAUUGAUUUUUAGUUUGAAAAUUUAGAAUUUGAUUUUCAGACUUUUGAAAAAUGUAAAAAGUCCAAUUAUUUUUGAACAUUUCCUUGAAAAUCAUGAAAUUUAAGCUCAAAAUGCUUCUUUUCGGGAAAAAAGCGAAAAAUUUCGAUUUUUGCCCAGAAAAUUUGAAAAUUUAGCGAUUUUUACUGAAAUUUUGACUUCAAAAACCCAAAAAAUUUGAAAUUUUCACCUGAAAAUUCUGAAAAAAAAAUUUUGCAGAUUGUCAAAGUGAUGGUUUCUCAUGUCAAACAAUUCCCAUCCGACCAAGAUCUUCAACGAAUUUUGACAUCAACCGAAAGCGCUGAGAUCAAGGAAAAAUGUCAACAAUGUAUGACGGUGAUUCGCGACGCGAAAAGUGCUCAAGCUGAAUCGGCGAAUAAAGCUGCGCAAGAUUUGUUAGCGUUGUUGGAAGAGGAAGAGCUCCAGGCGAAAUCCAAGAAGCAAAAACAACAGGAGAAAAAGGCGAAGAAGAAGAGUUCGAAGAAAGUUGCAGCUGUGCCGGAACCUGAAGUUGAGCCUGAAGUUGAGCCGGAAGUUGAGCCAGAACCUGAGCCAGAACCCGAGCCAGAACCAGUUGAAAUUGCUCCACCGCCACCUCCCCAACCUUCUAAGAAGAGCCUGAAGAAGAAGGCUGCUGCAGCUGCAGCAGCCGCAGCAGCUCCAGCUCCUGUAGUUGUUAGUAUCCCGUGUGUUCCACCACCGCAACCUGUUCGAAACUUUCACCAAUUUCACCGAGAGCCGAUGAAUGGGUUGAAGCGUCGGGCAAAAAGUCGAAGGGAAAAAAGCAGAUUCAGAAUAUUCCGGCGCCGAUUGUGAAUUCGACGAUGACAAUCAACAAGGAAUCGUCGACGACUUCGAGUGUUACGUCGGAAUUUGGAGGAGGAGGAGGAGUUGUUCAGGAGAUUGAUUUGGUGAGUUUUUUUUGGGAAAACUGAAUUUUUGAGCUAUGACGUGGCGAAAUUUGGAAAAAAAUCGCGAAAUUUAUCGCUACAAUGUUUGAUACUCAGUUAACAUAACAUUGCCUGCGUAUAUUAUUAGAUACUCAGCCAAUUUUCGAUUCUCUAUGAUGAAUUUUGAGCUGAAAAUUGAGCAAAAUUGACCCUGGAGCUUGAAAAUGCUCAUUUUUGAGCAAAAAACCAAGAAAAAUGAGCCCUGGAGCUUGAAAAUCCCGAUUUUGAGGCAAAAAUUAAACAAAAACAACAAAUGCGCUCCAUUGAACUUUUAGCUUUUUGUAGAAAAAUUCAAAUUUUCAAUUCAGAUUUUUUUGAGAUUUUUCGAAAUUUUCCAAGUUUUUUUUUUCGAAUUUUUAUAUGCUAAAACUAAUUUUCCCUGCCUGACUUUAUUUUUACUCAGAUUUUCUGAUUUAUAAAACAACUCUGAAUUUUUGAGCUAUGACGUGGUGAAAUUUUGAAAAAUCAGAAUUUUUCGAAAUUUUGCCACGUCAUAGCUCAAACUGAAAAUUCCCAAAAUUUUUUUUCGAAUUUUUAAAUGGUAAAAAUAAUUUUCCCAACCUGAAAUUAUUUUUACUCAGAUUUUCUGAUUUAUAAAACAACUCUGAAUUUUUGAGCUAUGACGUGGCGAAAUUUAGAAAAAUUGUCGACAAUUUAUUGCUACAAUUUCAGAAUUUUUCGAGAUUUUUGAAAUUUUGCCACGUCAUAGCUCAUAUUCAAAACCAAAUCUGUGCUUGAAAUUUUCCAAAUUUUUUUUUUUGAAAUUUUAAAUUUUCGACAGAGUUUUCCCAACCUGAAUUUCAAAAUGAUCGAAUUCAAAAAAAAAAUGUGCUGAAAUUUGAAAUCCAUAACACUUCUGAGGAUUUUUGAGCUAUAACGUGGCGAAAUUUUGAAAAAUUGGGACAAUUUUGAUCAGUUUCUCUGGUUUUGGCUAAUUUCUGAUCAAAAUUUGACGCAGAAAAUUUACGCGCUGAAAUUGUCUGAAAAUCGGGGGAAAAUUGGAAUUUUUGCGAAUAUUUCGCUUUGAAAAAUGAUUUAAAAAAGUUAGUUAUGACAUGGCAAAAUUUCGAAAAAUCGUAAAACGAAAGGUCAAAAUUUAGCCAUUUUUUGAAUUUUUGACUAAUUUAUGGUGAAAAUUUGGACAAAAAUUGAUUAAAAACAAAUUUAUAAUCGAAAUUUGUGAAUAUGAGCUAUGACGUGGCAAAAUUUCGAAAAAUCUCAAAAAAAUUGGGACAAUUUUGAUUUUUCUCUAGUUUUGGUUUUUUUCUCUGAUUUUUCUCUAGUUUUGGCUAUUUUCUGGUCGAAAUUUGAUGCAGAAAAUUUACGCGCUGAAAUUGUCUGAAAAUAGGUGGAAAAUUGGAAUUUUUGCGAAAUUUUUUUCAACAAUAAAAAAAGUUAGUUAUGACGUGGCAAAAUUUCGAAAAAUCGUAAGAAGAAAGGCCAAAAUUGAGCCAUUUUUUUUAUUUUUUGGCUAAUUUAUGGUGAAAAAUUGGACAAAAAUUGAUUAAAAACGUAUUUCUAAUCGAAAUGAGCUAUGACGUGGCAAAAUUUCGAAAAACCAUAAGAAGAAAGGCCAAAAUUAAGCCACGUCAUAGCUCAUAUACAAAAUUCAACGUUUCAAAUCCAUUUUCAUUUCUUGCAGAACAAGAAAAAGCAAUAUACAUUGAGUGUUCCAAGCAGUGCAAUCCCAAGAAUAAUUGGAAGAGGCGGUGCAAAUGUGAAUUCGGUUCGUGAAGCGACUGGAGCAACAAUUGAAAUCGAGAAACAAGGAACACGAAAAGAUCAAUUCGAAAGGCUGAUUAAUGUUCGUGGAAGUCCAGAUUCGAUCAAAUCAGCAGUUCAGAUCUUGCAAUUAAUGGUCGCUGAUGUUGACGCGCAAAUCAAUGAUGUUAUUCGAAGUGUGCUACGUGGCAAUAGUUCGGUGGCGUCGUCGAUUUCGUCGGAUGGAACGACACAUUCUUUGAAAGCGCCUGCUGCUGAAGUUGUUGUUGUUGCUCCGCCCAAAACGAUUUCUGCAGCUCCAGCGAAUUCCGGUUCGACUGGAAAUGUUUGGCAGCAACGGAUGGCUGCGCGACAAGAGCAACAAUCGAAAAACUGAGCCGCCGAAAGUUGCUCCGCCGAGCCCCGUCAAAGUUGCACCAAUCACACCGAUUGCGAAAAUUGUGGCGGAAAAAAUUGCAGGUGGGUUUUGAAAAUUUGAAAUUUGAAAAACCCCGAGUUAGAUACGCAGGUGGUUACGGUUUUGGUUUUUUUUUUUGAAAAAAAAUCAAUUUUUCAUAAUUUUGAAAGCUCUGGCAAGCGGAGUGUCGUUGUUUUUUCCGUUUUUUUGAUGAAAAUUCACAGUAUUUAGCAUUUGAAAGCUUCACAAAAUGAAACUAGACUCUAGUUUCAGAAGAUAUACGUGGCCGAUUUAUUUUUGGUGGCCUAGAAAUGUUGGGAAUUCGGCCACAGCAACAAAAUCGCUCUAAUUUCAUGAAAUUAUCGCGAAUUUGUUGCGUUGGCCGAAUUCCCGACAUUUCUCGGCCACCGCAAAUUGUUCGGCCACAAAAAAUGAAUUAAAAAUGUGGCCGAACUGUUUUCGGUGGCAGAGAAAUCGUUGGGAAUUCGGCCACAGCAACAAAAAUUAUGAUCUUCACAACAUUAGAGCGCAUUUGUUGCGUUGGCCGAGUUCCCGACAUUUCUCGGCCACCGCAAAUUGUUCGGCCACAUUUUUUAUUCAUUUUUGCUUCGAAAAUUUUGAAAUUCAGCAUUUUUGUGCUUUGAAAAUGAUAAAAAUUGUCCAAAAACUCAAAAAACGGGGGACUAGGUUUUCACUGUGUAUUCCUAGUAUUUUCCCAAUUUUUCAGAACCCGAAGUUAUCCCAAUUCGCCCAACUCCAAUUGUCAAACGCGAAGCAGUGGUUCAACCGAUUCAACAACGAACUCCACCACAACAAUCGGUUCAACCUCUCGGCUUUCGGCCAAUAUGUUCCGGUUCCACCAUCGCCACCACCUACACCUUCAGCUCCAGCAGCCACAACAUCUACAACAUCUACAACUCCAGCUCCACUUCGAACCAUGUUAUUCCCAGCUAGCUUGGCACCAGCUCCACCAGCUCCAACAGUUUCGGAAGACGUCGAAGCGGCUACGCUGAAAUUGUUUGAGAGCACAAAGCUGGCUGAAAUUUGGGGACAACCUGAGGAGCAAACGGGCGAUUCGGCGUGGGGAAGUCAGUUGUUUGGAACGCAGGCCGAAUGGUCGCCGGCUGAGAUGUUUAAGAAUCUAUCGACAUCUUCUGGAACAACAUCAGUGACAAGUUCAGCGCCACCACCACAAACAUCAAGAGAUCAAACGAAGAGUGUGCCAUUGUUCGCCAGAACUCAGCCACAGCAGCAGAUUCAACAACAACAAUCGAGACAAAUGGCGAUUAUUCAACAACAACAACAGAACUAUCAUCAACAGCAGCAAACUUUGAUAAAUCAACUCCAAACAAGCCUUUCGGAACAAGUUUCGGCAACUCAUAAUAUGUAUAGUCAAUUGGCUGCGCAAUUGUUGACACAUCAGGAGACGUCGACUUCGAAUUCGCAGGCUUAUUAUCAGCAACAACAGAAUCAGCAGCAACAACAACUUGCGUAUGCUAGAACGAAUAGUGGAUUUGUGAGUUUUUUUGUUGGAAAUUUUGGAUUUGGGCUGGAAUUAGGGCCUUAAAAAGCCUUAGUUUUAGGCUAGAUUUUGGCUUGGAUUAAGGUCCUAAUCUUUUCAAGAAAUAAGCCUCCAAAAGCCUUAAUUUUAGGCUAGAUUCGGGCUGAAUUUGGGCCUUAAAAACCCUUAUCUUGGGGUAGAUUUUGGCCGGAAUUAGAGCCUUAAAAGCCCUUAUUUAAGGCUAGAUUUAGGCCGGAAUUAGGGGCUUAAAAUCCUUAGUUUUGGGCUAGAUUUUGCCUGAACUAAGGUCCUAAAAAGCCCUAAUUUUAGUCUAGUUUCGAAUUUAAUUAAGGCCUUAAUCUUGUUAAGUAAGUGAUCUAUACAACGCCAAAAAAAGCCUCAAUUUUAGGGUAGAUUCAAAGGCCCUUAUCUUGUGAAGUAACUAGGCUCAAAGGCCUUAAUUUUAGGCUAAUUCUGGUCUGAAUUAAUGCUUCAGAAAGCCUAAAUUUUAGACUAGAUUUGGCCUGAAUUAAGGGCCUUAAAAGCCUUAAUUUUAGGCUAGAUUUGGCCGGAAUUAGAGCCUUAAAAGCCUUAAUUUUAGGCUAGUUUUGGACUGAAAUACGGGCUUAAUUUUUUCAAGAAAAAGGGCUAAGAAGCCUUAAGUUUAGGCUGGAUUUGGCCGGAAUCAGGGCUUUAGAAAGCCCUAAUGUUAGGCUAGUUUUGGCCUGAAUUAGGGCCUUAAAAGCCUUUUUUUUAGGGCUAGAUUUGGCAUGAAUUAGGGCCUUAAAAAGCCUCAAUGUUAGGCUAGUUUUGGACUGAAUUAGGGCCUUAGAAGCCUUAGAUUUUGGCUAGAAUUAUGGCCUUAAAAGCCCUUAUUUUAGGCUAGAUUUUGGCCGGAAUUGAGGCCCUAAUUUUAGGUCCAAUUAGGGUCUGAAUACUUUAAAUGCAACGCUAAAAGAUUAAGCCUAAUUAAGACCUUAAUUUAAGGCUAGUUUUGGCCUGAAUUAAGAUCCUAAUCUUGUAAAGAAAUAAUGCUUUAGAAAGCCUUAAUUUUAGGCUAGAUUUGGCUGGAAUCAAGGUCUCAAACUUAUCAAGUAAUAAGGCUCCAAAAAAGCCUAGAAAGGCCUUAAGUUUAGGCUAGGUUUUGGGCUGAAUUAGGGGCUUAAAAGCCCUUAUUUUAGGCUAGAAUUUGGCUGGAAUUAAGACCCUAAUUUUAGGUCCAAUUAGGGUCUGAAUACUUUAAAUGUAAGGCUAAAAGAUUAAGCCUAAUUAACAAGUAAGGCCUCAAUUUGAAGGCCCUAAUCAAGAAUUACGGCUCUUAAUAUCGCAAGCCUAAGCCUUAAAAAAAAUUUUAGAUCCAAAAAUCACCUUCAAAAUUUUUGCAGAACGAAAACAACGAUGAUAUAAUGAAUGCAUUCUAUUCGGCCGACAAUCGUAAUCCAAACAACUAUCAAAAUGCGAUUCGUCGAAUUCAGCCAAUAAUUCAAGUUUGUCAGCAUCAGCAGCGAACUUCAACCAACUCGGCCACUUCUCAAUAUUCAGCACCACCUCCUGGAUUUUCGGCGAUUCGUCAACAACAACAUUAUUUCCAGCAACAACAAUAUUCGUGAGUUUUUUUUUUUUUUUGGGGGGGGAAGUCUAGCCACGUGGAAUUUGUGGCUCAGAGUUUUUGUCUCCGAAAAAUUCCGAAAUUUUAAGCCCAAAAUUCCACGUGGCAAUAUUUUUUAGUUCAAUUUUUGAUUUCAAAAAAAAUCACAUGAAGAGUUUUGAAUUUUGAGCCAAAAAUUGAACCCACGUGGCUCAUUUUUUGCUCGAAAUUUGGAACCUAAAAAUCUAGCCACGUGGAUUUUCUGGAUCAAAAUUUCGAAAUUUUAAGAAAUUCCACGUGGCAAUGUUUUAAUUUUCUGAAAAAAAUUGAAAUAAAAUUCGAUGACACGUGGAAUUUUUGGCUCAAAAUUCUAAUUUGAAAAUCUGGCCACGUGCUCGAAAUUAGAAGUGCUCCUUUUUAGCAUCAAAAAUCUAGCCACGUGGAUUUUUUUGUCCAAAAAUUUUGAAAUUUUGAUCCGAAAAUUCCACGUGGCAAUGUUUUUUAGUCCGAAUUUUGAUUCAUGAAGAAUUUUUAGAAAAAUUUGAACUGAAAAAUAUUGCCGCGUGUAAUUUUCACUCAAAAUUGAAACUGAAAUUCUGAUAACACGUGGAUUUUCUGGAUCAAAAUUUGGAGUAAAAAAUUUUCCACGUGGAAUUUUCUGUCUCAAAUUCUGAACUAAAAAUCUAGGCUCGUAUAAAGUUUAGCUCAGAAUUCUCAUCAAAAAAUCUAGCCACGUGGAAUUUUUUUGUCCAAAAAUUUGAAAUUUUGAGCUAAAAAUUCCACGUGGCAAUUUUUUUGGUUCAAAUUUUGAUUCAUGAAGAAUUUUGAAUUUUCAGAAAAUUUGGAACUUAAAAAUCUGGCCAUUUUUAAUUUUCUUUAAAAAAAUGUAAAUAAAAUAUCGUACCACGUGGAUUUUCUGGCUCAAAAUUGGAACUGAAAAAUAUUUCCUCGUGGAAUUUUAGGCUCAAAUUUUAAACUGAAAAAUUUAGCCACGUAUAAAUUUUAGCUGAAAAUCUGAACAAAAAAUCUCGCCAUUUUUAAUUUUCUGGAUCAAAAUUGAACUGAAAAAAUCUAGCCACGUGGAAUUUUAGCUCAAAAUUGGAACUGAAAAUUUCAGCUUAAAAUUUGAACUGAAAAAUUUUUUAUUUUCUAAAAAAAAAAAAAAAAUUUUUAAUUUUCUAAAAAAAUUUGAAAUAAAAUUCCGUGCCACGUUGAAUUUCUGGAUCAAAAUUUGAACUGAAAAAUCUGGUCAAUUCGGAUUUUAGGCUCAGAAUUUUAAUCAAAAAAUAUUGCCACGUGGAAUUUUUGGCUCAAAAAUUUGAACAAAAAGUCUGACCAUCUGAAUGUUAGCUCAAAAUUGGCAUUUUUUGAUUUUCAGUCAACCACCCCAACAACCCCAACAACCAUUAUGGAAUAUUCCACCAACUCAAUCUUCAUCCCAAAAUCCAUCAACAUCUUCUUCUUCAUCAACUCAAAAACCAUCAAAUCUUUGGGGAAAUUCUUGGAAUUGA